UCCUGCUGAAUGGCUGUUUUCUUUCCAGAUCCCAGGCCCAGUGGUGGCAAGUGCUCUGCCUGAUGAAAGUAUUUAAAAGAUGAGCGACAACUGAGCCUGGCAAAGGAAGGGGGAGAUGGGGUGGAGGAUAGAAAGGGAGACAGGGGGUGCUCAGGAUGGGGACAGGGGACUUUAGGGGCGAGUUCACUGGGUCAGGAGGAGAAAGCAAUGAGCAUCACAGGCCCGGAUAGGAAGGGGAGGGCUGGGAAGCAGGAUGAGGUGGAGGAUGGCCUGGGACAAGAUGAGGAGGUGCAGAACUCCCACUCUUACUCUGGCAGCAGCAGACAGUUGCCUAUGGAGCCCUGCAUGGAGCCUCGCAGGGACUCUGUGUUUCCUCCGCAAUGGAGAAUUACACACAGCUCCCGCCAGCUAGCGCAGGUGUUGGCCUCAGGGCUCAGCCUGAUCGCCUUCAUCCUGCUGCUGGUCAUGCUCUUCUCCAAGAAAUGGCUGUGCCUCUCUAAGAGCCGCUUCUACCAGCGCUGGCCCACAAAUGUUAGCAAGAGAAUCUACACGUCGGCCCAUUUAAUGUCCAUGGGGCCCCUACAGAUCUGCAAAUCCAAGAGCUGUUCCAACUCAGAGAAUGGGAAAGAUAGUUUUAAGCUGUGGACAAAUCACCCAGUCUUUUUGGUGGCCAAGAUAACCUUCGCCCUGGCUGUGGUGCUGGGCUUCGUCCUCACCAUCUGGUUGCACCUGCCAUACCUACCUGGUCUUCAGAGAUCUCCCUCCUUUGGCUGGACUGGGACUGUCAUGAGCUUCUGUGAAGUUACCUUCAUUUUCUCCACCUUGAUGUUGUUCCCUAUUAACAUCUGGCUGUUCGAGUUGAAGAGGAAUUUAUCAGUCCCCUUGGGCUGGAGCUAUUUCAUUGGUUGGCUGGUGUUUAUACUAUACAUCACCUGCGCGGUCCUCUGCUACUUCAACCAUAAAAGUUUCUGGCGUCUGAUUCUGAGCCGUUCCUCUGGUGCCGUGUCCUCCAGCAGCAGUUCCAGCUCAGAACUUUCAGUCCAGCAGUUCCAAGACUCUGUGAAUAAGCAGAUUGUCUCAAACACCUCUGUCAACCAGGAGGAAGUCCUGGAUCCUGAGCAAAAGAAGGCAUCUCUAUAAACUUUUCUGAACUCCUGACACCAAGUUCUGUCCAUUCGUCUGAAUCCCUCUCCUCAUCCUUCCACACAACGCUUGAGGAAUUAGAGAGGGAGUAUUUUAGGCCAGAUUUGCAUUCCUCUUCCUUGUUCCUGCCUUGCCUACAGCUUGUUUGAUGUGGAAUAAAUUGUCUCUCUCUC